CUACAUCUAGCAUAGUCAGUACUAUACAUCUGUUAUAGUAAAUAGCAACUUCGGCGCUCCUCCUUAUUUGUCCAUCUCCCGAGCUUCGGUGUGACCCUCUUCUUCAUCCAGGAUGUCUAAAAAAGCGAAAGCAGGGUUCACGCUGCUAUCCGUGUUUGGCCCGUCACGCAGCCACCGUAAGCUGUGUGCGAUGCUGUUGCUGGUGUGUCUCACAUACGUAUACACACACUUUGGUAGAUUGGGCCUCGGUACACGCGUGCGCUCGCAUGUGCAGAGAGAUGCGUCUAGCAGUUCGGUACAGUUAGCAGAGGUAGCGGUACUGGGCAAGGAGGACGCGGCAGGUGUGUACACGGACGAACCUGUUGAGAAGAGGUCACUGGGGGUGGACAAGGAAACACCCGAGACGGCGGAUGACAGCCAAGGCAAUCGAUUAGCCGCACAGGAGAUCAACAGGGACGUACGCCUAAACAACGGGCCACAGACAACUGCGCACAACCCGGACGGGGGCAUUAAUCAACCACGGGGGGUGUUAAUUGGGGUCUUUAGUGUGGCUUCGCACUUUGAACGGCGCUCACUCAUACGCACCACGUACAUGCGCAUGACGCGAAGGGACCGUGACGAACAGGACUACCCCCAGCGAAAGAGUAGCAAGAGCUCAGGCUCUGCAAAGAGGGCUUUGCACCGUAGGUUUGCCCGCAAUGCGACCGUUGUGUUUGUGGUGGGACAGCCUGUGAACAGUGCCGAACUGCACCUGUUGUGGUCAGAAAGGGACACCCACGGGGACAUACUCAUCCUGCCGUGCGAGGAGAAUAUGGACGAGGGGAAGACCUUCGAGUACUUUAAACACGUGUACGAGGUGUACGGCCCGGGGCAAAGUGGACAAAUAUCGAGGGGGACUCGAGCGAGAACGGCCGAUGGACCAGGGAACUCUGACUCUGGUGCGCAGGGAGAGUUGUCAUCCGCCCGUCCCGCUAUUCCGUACCGCUUUGUGGUCAAAACCGAUGAGGACACAUGGGUGCACGUGGCCAAUCUCGAGGCGAAGCUCGACUCACUUCCUAAUAGGGGCACCUACUUUGGGCGGGCCGUGUGUGUGGGCGCGCGUACGGGUAGCGACUGUUUCAUGGCUGGGCUGGGGUAUGCGCUGUCAUGGGAUCUGGUUGAGUUUAUCGCCACAGACCCUACUGUGGCACAUAACACUGUUGGCCAGGAGGAUGCGCUGGUCAGUGAGUGGUUCUAUCAGCAGAAUGUAAUGCACCAUCACGUGACGGACGAGGUCGACAUCUAUGACACACCCGACCUGGGCAAGGGUAUUGGGUGGUCCAAGCCAUACACCCCACACACCGUGUUUGUGCACCAGUGUAAGCGUAGAGACUGGUUUAUACGCACCAGCCACCACUUCCUCGCAGAUAGUGCAUAGUGUAUAUUGACGGAUGGAUGUAGAGUCCACACACACUGUGUAUGGAGCUUACACACAAAGAUGUAAAUAUGGCUCCUACUGGCUGUGUGUAUCAGUGUGUUGGCUGGGUGUAUCAGUGUACACGCAGAGAAGCGUGUAUCAGUGUACACGCAGAGAGUGGCUAUACACGUCAACCAGCCUACUCUCGCGCUAAUUAGUUGCUAUGUCCUACACACGAGUGUUAGUGUUGUCUGCUCGUGUACGUGUGUGUGCUGCGAGUGGCGUACAGGUACCAACUAUCCCUUUCUGGCCCAUUCUUUCGGGGAGUUAUCCAGCACAGUAUGCGCGUACAGCUGUUUAUGUACUAGCGGGAGUUUCGCGGAGAAACGCACCCCAUCACAUAGUGUGUGUGUGUUUGCGGUGCAGCGGAUAUCCACAGAGGAACGCGCUCGAAUCUACCACCACUUUCUGGUUCGUUUGUGAGGUGAUAAAUACAUGCCACACACACAAACAGUGUACCAUUGGCAGCCCUCGGAAUGGUCUUGGCCAUAAACUAUAACCCUAAACCCUAAAAUCCUUAUACAGACUAACAAUAGCUUUCUGGCUCACAUCUGUUUAGCAUACAGCCACACAUGGUGUAUGUGUGUCUAUAUGAGUGCAACGAAUGGUCUAUCUGCGUUCACCAGCCCAGAGUUUACCAUCAGACUACGUGAACUGCACGGCAAGUAUGUGGCCGUUAUUUAAGUAGCGACCGUUUGGUACUCCUCAGAUAUCGCACCCUGGCCAUCUCGAAGGGGAUAGAUACACGCCGCUGCGUACGUGCACAAACGCAGGCGCAGCCGAUAUAUGGGCUAGCUAACUUACCGAUGGCGAAUAUAAGUCGACAGAUGCACAUGCUCAAUCAUCCUAACGCACGAACUUGCCAAACCUACACUUCACCAUGUACCUACUACUAUAAAAACAUAUUCUGAUUAAACGCAAGACUCGGAUUUCAAUAGACACAAUCCGCA